ACGAGUACCACUUUCCUAGUGUUUCCUGCUUCACCGUGUGCUCAUCUGCGGCUUUUUCAAACAUGGAGGAGGGGGAAAGAAGAAGUGCACCUACAGGCAGAAAAGAAACAACAACUGCAACCUGCCGGAGCACACCGUCAGUAUCAGAGAGUCAACCGGAGACAAGCAGCACAGCUCAUGACGCAGAUAAAAUAGAUGUCUGCUCUGACAAGUUUGACCCACUGCUGGCCUUGUACUCGCCCACCGUGCCGCUUCCUUUUCCUAAUGUCAAAUGUUUUAACAACGUGUCAGCGUACGAGAGCUUUCUGAGGGGCGGCCGGGGAAGAGCCAAGCCGGAGAAUGUGGAGAAAAAGCGGCAGAAGGCGAUGAGAGGGGUGGCGGACCCGGAGCGUAUCGCCAGACUGAAGAAGCUGAUGGUGAAGAACCCGGUGAAAGAUCCAGAGGAGGGAGAGGAGAGCACACCGAGGAGGAGGAGGCAGAAGACCCAGAAGAAUGUCCUGACGAGGAUGCCCUUGUGUAAAGGCAGUCCUUUGGGGGAGCUGUACAGAUGUGUCCAGGAGAGGAUAAGAGUCCGGGUCCACAUCAGGACCUUCAAGGGGCUGAGGGGAGUCUGCUCCGGCUUUGUCGUAGCCUUCGACAAAUUCUGGAACAUGGCAAUGGUGGAUGUGGAUGAGACGUACAGAGAGCCUUUGCUUGGAGAAGCUCUGUACCAUGAGAAAGCCCUCACCUUUACUCGGCUCUUUGAGAAGCUGAAGCUCCAGGAGAGCUCAGCAGCUGAAGACGUAGCAAAGAAGCGCAGCGCCCGAGAGUCCUCCAGCCUGCAGCAGCCUCCACACCUAACACACCUGUCUGCUCAACCUGCUGACAAGAGCGGGGACAGCAGGCCCCAGUCCAAGCCUUCAGGCAGCGAUACAUCCACACAAGAGAAACGCAAAGUGUCGCUGAAGACCCCGGGUCCAGAAGUGUGUAAGAAGAAAGAGUCCCAGAAGUACGGGAAGGUCCACACUCGACAUGUCAACCAGCUGUUUAUCCGAGGGGAGAGCGUCAUCCUGGUUAACCCACAGCCUCUCUGAUCUCUGUUUGUUAUUUACCCUGAAGAUCGCUGCAACCUUACUCAAUGAAAUUUAAAUAUCAUUUUACUCCAGACAUCUGUAACAGAAGGUGUUAAAUACCAUCACUGAACUGACAGAGAUAUGAUUUAAUUAGAUUCAAAAGAAUCAAACGAGGGCUGUUGUAUCAUAUUGAUAUGGAUCUUGUUUUUGAAGAAUAAAAGCUCCUCAGUUCUAAUUAUAAAAGUCA